AUGGCACUGGUAGCUGUGUUGCAGAGUGGCAGGCGUUCCAGCCGCGACGGUCCCGGAGAUGGUGAGGCUGAUGUGGCCAAGCCAAGCUUCCGACGACCUCGACAUGCGUUUGGCAACAGGCACUUGUUAACGUUUCGCAAGAACCAGUUCUCGGAGUUGGUUGAGCGGACUGUUGAUGCGCUGAAGGGCAACAUCGCCGAGGCAUCAGUGGAGGAUGUGCAGAAUGUGCUGUCGAAAAUCCGGCGGCAAUUCGACGAAGUACGCUGUGAAGCUGACAGAAAGGAAGCCGAGUUGCUAACCCUGCGCCAAGAGAUCCGGUUCUGGGAGUCAGAGGCCAAGCCUCCUGAGGACCAAGACCACUACAAUGGCUUUGUCCGGAAAGCUGUCGUGGAGAAGCUUGGCGAGGCUUCGACAGAGCUGGAGCAAGCAAUUGAGACCCAGCGCGUGUACCAGCACAUGGUGGAGAGGCUGUUGCGGGAGCAGCGUAUCCUGCAGCAGAAGGUGCUCCUCAUGGAGAACUACUUGGACCGCAAGUCGCGUGAGGUUGAAGCCAAGCAGCACUUCAGUCGGCGCAUCAACGAAGACAAAGUUGAGAAAAUUGUCAAGUUGGAGAUGCUGGAGCAGGACGUGCAUCUAGAGCGGACGGUGUGCACAACCGCAAUCAGCGAUUUGUCAGCAGCCAUUGAGAGGCGUCGUCAUGACGUCAACCAGGGUGAAGACUUCGAGAACUGGCGGUACGACAUUGCGCUGGAGGCUGCAACUGAAGCCUUUGAGGCUACAGCUGGGCGGUACAGGAAGAUCUACGCAAUUGAGAAGCUCACAGGCAACUGCUUGCAGCGCUUGACCUUCGACCAAGCCGAGCAAAGCCAGGCGACGGAGGACGGCUUUCAGAGGAUUCGAGAGGUGACCGGCUUGACGGAUGUCAUGGACAUCGUGCACAAAUUCCUCAACCGGGAUGUGGAGCACGAGCAGCUCCGAAACACGGUUCGAGAAGCGGAAGCGCGGCUCCACCAGCUUCGUGAGGAGGAGGCCAGCCGCCCCCGCGAAGAUGCUCUGGUCGAUGCCAAGCCGGAGACCCGAGGCCUGGGCGUGGAGGUUACAGAGUUUGAGCAGAUGUUGGAGGAUAUUCGACACGACCAAUCAGAUGUGCAAGAGCAGCUCAAGCAAAGUACCCUGCUUGUCGACAGCCUCAAACGCUGGGCGCACCAACUCACCAAGUCACUGGCUCCCAUCCAGGAGAUGAAGGCAGUCCAAUCCGAGUCUGACCUCCCGCGCUUCUUCCACCACCUGGUUCAGGUGGUGCACGAAUUCCUGGAUCGGGCUCAUGCAGAAAUGCCAGAUGUGAGGCUUGUGAAGAUAACCAGCGAAGCGACCCAGAAGGAUUUCAGCGAUCAAGGAAAGCUGCUGCACGACAAGGACUUCAUGCGCUCCAACUGUCGCAUCGUCACUGCGGAUCAGAAUGUGAAGGAAGAGAGGCGGAAAAAGGAUCCACAAGCGGGUGAGGAUGAGCGAAUGGACAUGGAGUUUGCCAAUGAAAGGGAGCGUGUGAAAAAGGAGGCUGUGGACCGAGACCUACGGCCGCGAGCGAAAGUUGCCAGAGGCCGGGCUCGAAAUUGA